AUGUCGGCAACCAAAUUCAGUAGUUAUUCUUGCUGCACAGCUACUGUAUUUCUCAUUGUCAUCAUCGGUUUUAUUAAUCAGGCUCAAUACGCAAAUGCCUAUGCUUAUUGCCAAUAUUACAAACCGAAUGAUCCAUGGGCUUAUAUAAAACCAUGUCCGAGUGUUUGUUGUCCGUUGACAAUGGAUACACGCGUGAACACCACAUGUUGCGAGCCCGUGAGCUUUUACACAAAUGUUACAACAACCUAUACGGUCUUUGGCUAUAGUUGGUGGAUAAUUCUCGUCUGCGUCAUCUGUUCGAUUGCAGCACUUUGCAUAUUAUGUCAAUCUUACCAACGAUUUUGCGGCACUAAACAUGGAAAACGUUUUAAUACAGCUGUUGACCCUGAAGCAGCAUUUACAAUUUCAAAAGCAGUCGAAGCUGCUAAUCCUAUUGGUAGCUAUACUGUUGCUAAUGAUACGAUCACUUUAGAUCGACCCCCAAGUUAUUCAAAUCAGCCUUCAACUCCCACGCCAACAUCUCCACCGCCUUACAUUACACUCGGUACCGGCAUGCCCAAAGUUUCGGAAUAA